UUUUUGUGUGGGAUCUAGAACAUGGCCUAAACUAAAGCUGCCCGAUGAAUGCCUUCCAUUGAGCAGUUCGGUGUUCCGCCGUUGACUUGACUCCGGUAGUCGGAUGAUCCGCUCGCCGUCCACUUGGUGGUCACCACCUCUCGCCUCAAGCCCGCUCGUCCUCCGCUCACCGCCGACGCGGACCAGCACGAGCGUGCGGCGGAGCGGCAAGGGGAGAGACGUGGAUCGGCGCUCCGGCGGAGGGGACGGCUUGUCAUCGGCGCCGCGGCCGAGUGGACCGCAAGAUACGCGCCAGUCAACGUGCCGUCUCCGCCGCCGUAAUUGCUCGGUCAGUUCAUCGGACUCCAUACUGUUUUGUGCUGUCGAGGUUUUCUCCACACUGGUUCAAUUACACCCUAGUUAACCCAAAUUGAAUGUUUGUCUCCGUCGCCAUGAAGUACAUCUUCCUCUUCUCCUCGCACAUCUUUUUGCCAUCCACCGUAGGCCUUAUUUGGUUUGGAGGGAAUUGAGGAAAAAUAAUUCAACACCACAAUAGUGUGAUACAGAAACCACGACCACUAAGUGAUCCACAAUGGUCGAGAUUGUGACGGGCGCGAUCAGCACCCUGCUGCCGAAGCUGGGUGAGGUCCUCAGGAAGGAGUACCAGCUGCAUAAGACCGUCAGGGGAGAGAUCAUGUUCCUUAUGGCCGAGCUGGAGCGAAUGCAGGCUGCCAUCCUGGAGAUCUCAGAGUCAGAUGAACCCAACAAGCUCGUCAAGCUCUGGGUGAGAGACGUCAGAGAGCUCUCCUACGACAUCGAGGACACCAUCGACAGCUUCAUGGUCCACUUCGACAAGCAUCGCAGCUUUAGGGGCUUCAUCGACAGAAGCCUCAACCUGUUGACCAAGUUCAAGAUUCGCCAUAAGAUCGGUGCCAACAUCAGAGACAUCAAGAGCCACAUCAAGGAGGUGAGUGAGCUGCGCGAUAAGUACAAGGUUGAUGGUGUUACAGUAGCCAGGCCUGUCGGUCACCAAACUGUCGAUAGCCUUCGCCUGCAGUCAGCACUGUAUAAGAAUGUUUCGGAGCUUGUUGGCACCAAGAAGAAGACCGAUGAUCUAGUCAGUAGGCUGAUGGAGAUGCAUGAUGAUGUAGAGUCCAAGCGAAACUUGAAGGUUGUCUCCAUCGUUGGUUUUGGAGGUUUGGGCAAGACGACUCUUGCUAGUGUUGUGUAUCACAAGCUUAAAUUGGAGUUCGAUUGUGGGGCUUUUGUUUCUAUAUCUCUUCAUCCUAACAUGGUGGGGGUAUUCAAGAACAUGCUCCGUCAGCUCGACGAGAAAACGUACUUGAACAUUAACGGAGAAACAUGGGAAGAAGUGCAGCUUAUUGAUGAACUAAGGAAAUUCCUUCAAAACAAGAGGUACAUCGUUGUUAUCGAUGAUAUAUGGAGCAAAUCUGUGUGGAAAACAAUCAAAUAUGUGUUGGUUGAUAAUCAACUUGGAAGCAGAAUAAUUACAACAACUCGAGCUGUAGACGUUGCCGAACAAGUUGGCGGUGCUUAUAAGCUUGAGCCUCUUUCACCUGAUGAUUCAAUAAAGCUAUUCAACCAAAUUAUAUUUCACUCGGAAGACAAAUGUCAUCCUUAUCAUUUAUCCGAAGUAUCUCAAAAAAUUUUGAAGAAAUGUGGUGGUAUACCAUUAGCUAUCAUUACGAUAGCUAGUAUGUUGGCUAGUAAAAAAGGUAAUCAACAUGAAUACUGGUAUAAGGUGUACCAUUCCAUGGGUUCUGGGCUUGAGGACAGUCCUGAUUUGAGGAACAUGAGAAGAAUAUUAUCAAUCAGUUACUAUGACCUCCCUCCACAUCUGAAGACUUGUUUGUUGUAUUUAAGUUCCUAUCCAGAGGAUUAUCUGAGUACUAGGGAGACCUUGAUAUGGAAAUGGGUAGGCGAAGGUUUCGUUGAGACUAAACAGGGCAGUAGUUUUUAUCAAGUAGGAGGGGAAUACAUUUAUGAGCUCAUGAACAAGGGUAUGAUCCAACCAGCAUGUGAUAUUGUUAACGAUUACCCAGAGUAUUAUCGUGUACAUGACAUGGUGCUUGAUCUCAUCACGUCCCUAUCAAAUGAGGAGCAUUUCCUAACAAGAUUAGAUGGACACCCGUCCUUGUCUCUACCAAAAAAGAUCCGCCGACUGUCCAUCCAAACAAACGAGGAAGAGUAUGUCAAGCAGUUGGCUACGAUAAGCUUGUGCCAUUUGAGGUCACUGACUGUGUGUGGGCAAGGUCUGAGUAGUCUACUGCCAACUCUACCAAGCAUGUGCCCAUUCUUACGUGUACUGGAUUUCAGUGGUUGUGACAAAGUUGAGAAUCAACAUUGUAAGGAUAUCUGCAAGUUGUUUCACCUUAGGUAUUUGCGGCUAUAUGGUACAAGUAUAAGCGAGCUCCCAAAAGAGAUUGCAAAUCUGCAGUUUUUACAGGUCCUGGACAUAUCUAUCACUAAUAUCAAAGAGCUGCCACCGACCUUUAUUCAACUAAAACAGCUGGUGUACCUGCAUUUCCCCAAUAUGAUGAGAUUGCCAGACGGUCUUGGGAGUCUAAACAGGCUGCAGGAAAUUCCUAAUGUUAUCACUAUCGAUUCUCCAACCAUGUUGCACGAUCUAGGUUGUCUUUCUAAGCUGAGGCGCUUAACAAUUUACUUCGAUAAAUGGGAUGAGAGCUAUGAGAAACCUUUCAUCCAGUGCCUAUCCAACCUAGUAAGCCUUGAACUCCUAGAGGUAGAUGGAACACUAGGUUCCACAUGUGGCAGUUUAUCGCCUGGGCCUCAACGGCUUCAAUCCAUUGACAUGUCAUUCUGCACUUUAACCGCUUUUCCAGGAUGGAUGUCCUCACUCUGCUCCCUCUCCUCCCUGCAUCUCAUAUUAUUAACACUUGGAGAAGACGAACUGCAAGUUCUUGGGAGCAUACCACAUCUCAAUGAUCUCUAUAUAUCUAUAUCGGUGAACAAAGCCAUACAUGACAAAAACAAGAGGUUGGUUAUUGGGAAAGGCUGUCCAUUCCUGUGUCUAACACAGUUCAGUUUAGCGAGCAGCAGCAUGUAUGUGGGAUUUGCGCAAGGAGCCAUGCAGAAGGUCAGGGAUCUGAGUUUAUACUUUGGAGUAAGUGAGACAAUGGGUCAAUUUGGAGAUUUCGACUUCGGUCUGGAGAACCUCUCUUCGCUCGAGCAUGUCGAUGUUUGGAUGCGGUGUUUUGGUUCCAAGACAGGGGAGGCGGAUGAUGCAGAGAUUGCAAUUAAGAGAUCGCUCCAGUUAAACCCCAACAACCCUACAAUGGAGCUGGAGAAGACGGAGGCUCACGCCAGAGAAAGGUAGCUGCAAAUUAAGGCGAUGGAUGGCUAAGAGGAGAAGACAUGGGCAAGGCCACGCCAGGCUGCUGCCUGACAACACGAAAGGAGGUCGAUUGUUGGUGCUUCGGCACCAUACAGCACGAAAGGAGGUCGAUCUGGCGGGCUUUCGUCAUGGUGGCUAUUUUUUAGAAAAUGGGAAUUUACAAAAGCAGACUUCUACACCAAUGAGGAUGUAUACAGCCAAAAAAAUUCCGAGCGUACAAGCUCAAUCAUUACAUACAAGUUUACAAACAAAAGUAGCACAUAAGCUCGAGCACCUUACAUAACACUGAAAGAGUAGAAAGACUCCAACACCGUUCAAGGUGAAAAGACUUUCCAAAUAAACCAACAACCACAUUACUCCAUUAACUGCUUUCUCCUGUUCCAUCCAUCUUUAUUACCAAAGAAGUGCAAGAAAGUUGUCUCUAGCAGUUUGCAUCCCUCCUUCAUCACAUCACAAUCCUCUUCUUUAAGCAACAGGACCACUGUUGAGCCCAAUACGUCCCCCUGAAAAUAACUUGCAAGUAAGAGUUAAAGUUGGAACCAUUGAAAACCAUAUCUUUUCUACAAAUCCACAUUAUCCACAACAAUGCCGCAAUCCCAAUAAAGAUUUGGUGCUUUAGCCUUAGAUUGUAAACCCUUUAGUCAAAUCCCAAACAUAUUAGCAACAUUGUUAGGUGAAUUUAUUCCAAAAGUUAUAAAAAGGUACUCCAAACAAAUCUAACCACGUGACAAUCAAAAAAGAGAUGGUGUGUCGUCUCAUUGUGGUUAAAAAACAACACCUAGUGCUGCCCUUCCAAUUUCUUUUUGCUAGAUUAUCCUUUGUGAGAAUCACUGUAUUCUUUUGCCUGCCACUGCAAAUAUUGUGUCAACUUUAUUGUUAUUAUGCAAAUCUUAGUCUCGGAAACCAUGUAAAUUUGUUGCAUCAUGUUACCCAUGAUCUUGGGGUUGAGAAUGUCGUCGCCGUACAAAAGGAACAUAACCAUUGUCCUUGCGCUCAUUUUACAUGUGGCAAUUGUGUUGUAUUUUCUUUUCUCUUUCUUUAUGACCCGUCUGGGUUUUACUUUGACUUAAUUCAAUACAAAUAUACAAUUAGUAGUUCUCCAUCUAGUUUAGUUUUUUUAAGACAAAUCAAUUGUUGGAUUUCCAAAAGGUGCUCUGCUUUAGCACUGAUACGUGAGCAAUGUUUUUUUCCCCAAAAAACUUCUACACACAGCAAAUUAAUCCCUCCAUUUACUUUUAUAAGGUGAAUUUUGAUUUGUAAAAAAGUCAAACUUUGAUGGUUUUGACUAAUGAUCACUAAACUUACAAAUAUAUUUGGUAUAUAUAAAUAGAUCGGUAUAUCAAAGUGAUUUUACACACUAUA